GCUCAUUAAAAGACGCUACAGAAUCCGCCGUGAGGCGAGAAGAGGAGACCCGGACGGACAGCCCGUGGGUCAACAGGACGACCGGCCUCGGGCUUUGCUUUUGGCAAUGGUGAAUAAAAAAUGUGGCCCAAAGCGCCAGGGAGUAGAAGUGGAGGAGAGAGGACACUGGGGCAGUAAGACGGAGUUCCUCCUGGCGGUGGCGGGAAAUGUUGUCGGCUUCGGCAACGUGUGGCGGUUUCCUUACCUCUGCUACAAAAACGGAGGGGGUGCAUUCCUGGUGCCCUAUCUGGUGUUCGUGGUGACCUGCGGCGUACCGCUGUUCCUGCUGGAGACGACGUUGGGCCAGUACACCCAGGAGGGGGGCAUCACCUGCUGGAGGAAGCUGUGCCCACUGGCCGAAGGUAUCGGCUACGCUGGGCAGCUCAUCCUCUUCUACAGCUGUAUGACCUACAUGUUAAUUCUGGCCUGGGCUUUGUUCUACUUGGUGUUCUCCUUCAGCCCUCAGCUCCCAUGGGCCAGCUGCGACAACUACUGGAACACAGCCAACUGCAUUGACUUGGCAGCACAAAAUAAAACCCGUGAAUGGACCAACCAGACUAACGCAGCUUCUGCUGCCACAGAGUUCUGGGAACGACGGGUGCUUGGCAUCUCGGGGGGGAUUGAGGAGAUGGGCAGCAUCAGAUGGGAUCUCUUGCUGUGCCUCGUUGCAAUGUGGGUCAUCUGCUACUUCUGCAUCUGGAAAGGGGUCAAGUCCACGGGAAAGGUGGUAUAUUUCACUGCCACCUUCCCGUACGUCAUGCUGCUCAUUCUUCUGAUCCGCGGACUCUCUCUUCCCGGGGCUCUGCAAGGAGUACUGUAUUACCUUCUGCCGGAUCCCUCGAGGCUCACGGACCCUCAGGUUUGGAUGGAGGCCGGGUCUCAGAUCCUCUUCUCAUACAGCGUGGGCGUGGGCUCCUUGACUGUGCUGGGCAGCUACAACACCUACAACAACAACUGCUACAGAGACUGCCUGUGGCUGUGUUUGCUAAACAGUGGCACCAGUGUAGUAGCUGGGUUCGCAGUCUUCUCCGUGCUGGGAUUCAUGGCUCACGAGCAGGGCGUCUCCAUCGCAGACGUGGCCGAGUCAGGCCCUGGCUUGGCUUUCAUUGCAUACCCUCAGGCCGUGGCCAUGAUGCCUCUGCCCCAACUGUGGUCCAUCUGCUUCUUCGUCAUGCUCAUCCUCUUGGGUGUGGACACGCGAUUUGUGGCCAUGGAGGUGGUGACGACAUCCAUCAUCGAUAUGUUUCCCAAAUUAAUGCGCAGGUAUGGCCGACGGGAACUCUUCCUCCUCCUCUUCUGCCUCACAUGCUUUCUCUUUCAACUGGUCAUGGUCACCGAGGGAGGAAUGUACGUGUUCCAGAUGUUUGACUACUACGCCUGCAACGGAGCCUGCAUCCUCUUCCUCUGCGUGUUUGAAACCGUGGCACUAGGAUGGAUAUUUGGGGCGCAGCGGCUGUGUGACAUCAUCAAGGACAUGACCGGAGUGCACGCCAACCCGUUCUUUAAAUUCAGCUGGCUUUACCUCACCCCUGUGGUCUUACUGAUUUCUUUUAUACGUUCUUUUGUGGAGUACCAGCCUCUGACCUUUAACCGCUGGUACGUGUACCCAGCGUGGGCAUACGCGUGCGGCUGGGUGCUGACCUUCUCCUCCAUCCUGCUGGUGCCGGGAUGGGCGCUGUACAAACUGGCGAUAGGGACUGGGAGCCUCAGUCAGCGUUUCCAUCACCUGUGCCAACCGGCUCCUGACUGCUCCCUGACUCAUGGGAGAGAAACUGAGCUGCAAAACAUCGGAGAGGAAGUUCAACACUGCCUCUCCUCCAGCUGACAUCAGACAUGAAACAAUCCUGGAAUCUUUUUUGGGCACACCUGUGUGUGCAACAACGUCCUUCUCAA